UCUCAUGCAUACAUGACACUUGACACAUAUUACCAAUACUCUUUAUUUCUUCUUUAUGUUCUUACAAAAUGGCCUCCACCACACGCCCCCACCGCACAACCACCACAAGCACAACCCCAUUUCACAUCACCUUUCUCCGGCGCAUCCAAGACACUUCCCCUAACUCCUCCCAACUCAUUGGCUUCCUCACUCUCGCCAUCUCCGGCGGCAUCCUUCUCCUACUCACUGGCCUCACUCUCACCGCUAUCAUCCUCGCCUUUAUUUUCUUUGCACCCAUCAUUAUCCUCUCUAGUCCCUUUUGGCUCCCUAUUGCCGUCUUCAUCUUAGUCCCUCUUGUUGGCUUUUUAUCUCUUUGUGGGUUUGGUGUUGCUGCACUCGCAGCUUUGUCGUGGUUUUAUCGAUACUAUCGGGGUCUACACCCGCCAGGUUCCGACCGCUUUGAUUAUGCUAGGAACCGUAUUGCAACCACUGCUCGAGAGGUUAAGGAUUAUGCUAGGGAGUAUGGUGGUUAUCUUCAUAGCAAAGUUAAGGAUGCUGCCCCUGGUGCUUGAAUAAGACACAUGCAUCAUGCAUGCAUUUCAUCAGAUCAGAGUUAUUUAAUUUAAUUAGAUCGUAUUGUGAUGAACAAAUCUUUUUUGUUUUUGGUUUUUGAAUGUAUGUUGCACCUUCUUUCUAGCUAGAUUUGGCUUCAUUCCUUGUUUACAUGUUGGCCUUUUUUUUUAAUGGACAAGGUAUAUACAGAAUUUGAUGGGUAAAAAAUGACAAGUAGAAAAGGUAAAAAAGAAAAUUGGCCUUUAAUUUGAGUGGUUUUUGAAUUUACUAGUUGAAUAAAAAAAAUUUCCGGCUUUAAAUUUA